GGGAACUGUAGUUUCUGGAGGGAAAUAGUGUGUCCUGACUUCCCCCGGCGUGGAACUGUGCUUGGUGAGGAUGAACGGGAAGCGGCCCGCGGACCCCGGCCCAGCGCGGCCAAUGAAGAAGGGAAAGAAGCAGGUAGCGGCGGCGUUUUCGGACGCUGUCACGGAAGAAACAGUGAGGAAGCAGGUGGCUGAGGCCUGGAGCUGCCGGACGCCAUUCAGCCAUGAAGCUAUUGUCUUGGACAUGGAUCCUUUUCUUCACUGUGUAAUCCCAAACUUCAUCCAAAGCCAAGACUUCCUAGAAGGCCUUCAGAAGGAGCUUUUGAGUCUGGACUUCCAUGAAAAGUACAAUGAUUUGUAUAAGUUCCAGCAGUCUGAUGAUUUGAAGAAGAGAAAAGAGCCUCAUAUCUCAGCUUUAAGGAAACUUAUCUUUGAAGAUUUUCGGGACUGGCUUUCUAAGGUUUCCAGCAUUGAUCUAGAACCAACCAUUGACAUGUCGUGUGCUAAAUACGAGUUCACUGAUGCUCUGCUCUGCCAUGAUGAUGAGCUGGAGGGGCGCCGGAUCGCUUUCAUUCUGUACCUGGUUCCAUCCUGGGACAGGAACUUGGGAGGCACCCUAGAUCUUUACGACACUGAUGAACACUUUCAGCCAAAGCAGAUUGUCAAGUCUCUUCUCCCUUCAUGGAACAAACUGGUUUUCUUUGAAGUAUCUCCAGUAUCCUUUCACCAGGUGUCUGAAGUCCUGAGUGAAGAAACAUCACGUUUAUCUAUAAGUGGCUGGUUUCAUGGUCCUUCGUUAACCAGGCCUCCCGCCUACUUUGAACCCCCAAUCCCUCGAAACCCUCAUAUCCCACAAGACCAUGAAAUUCUGUAUGAGUGGAUCAACCCUGCUUAUCUGGAAAUGGACUAUCAAAUGCAAAUUCAAGAAGAAUUUGAGGAAAGGUCUGAAAUUCUCCUGAAGGAGUUUCUUAAGCCUGAGAAAUUUGCAAAGGUCUGUGAUGCCUUGGAGAAAGGAGAUGUGGAAUGGAAUAGCCGUGGUCCUCCAAAUAAAAGGUUUUAUGAGAAAGCGGAAGAAAGUAGUCUCCCUGAUAUCCUGAAGGAGUGCAUGGGCUUGUUUCGCUCCGAGGCGCUGUUCUUGCUACUCUCCAACUUCACCGGCCUGAAGCUCCACUUUUUGGCCCCAUCAGAAGAAGAUGAGCUUGAGGACAAAGGAGAUGGGGAAGCAGCCUGUGCUGCUGACAGCACUGAAGAAGGGACUAGCCAAAGCCCCUCAGGGCCCGAGACUAAACCGGCAGCUGUUGGCAGCCACAGUCAAGAGAGUGGAGAACAGGCAUACCUGGAAUCGCAGGAAGAUGAAGGAAAGAAAGAAUCAGGUGUUCCCACAUGCCAGGGGGAGCUGAGGCAUUGGAAGACUGGUCACUACACUUUAGUUCACGACAACAACAAGACUGAAUUUGCUUUGGACCUGUUUCUGUACUGUGGCUGUGAAGGCUGGGAGCCAGAAUAUGGUGGCUUUACUUCCUACAUUGCCAAAGGUGAAGAUGAAGAGCUGCUCGUAGUGAAUCCAGAAAACAAUUCCUUGGCGUUGGUCUAUAGAGACAGAGAAACUUUGAAAUUUGUGAAGCACAUUAACCACCGAAGCCUGGAGCAAAAGAAAACCUUCCCAAACAGAAGUGGUUUCUGGGACUUCGCAUUCGUCUAUUAUGAGUAACAGGACUGGGCAAAGCCAACUAGCAUCACUUCAUCAUGCCAGAAACUUGGAGUCUUCAUGGAGUGAAGGAAAGCAUGCAGGCUAACGGUGUCCUCAGAACAGGCUGUCCUUACUGGCUGUGCUAGUGCAUACCUGUAGUGCCGGCCUUGGGAGGCGGAGGAAGGGCCUCCAGUUCCAAGGUCGGUGUGGUCUGUGCAGUGAGACCCUGUCCCAUAACAAAACAUCCUUUUAUGGAACUCAUGAUUAUCCUCAACCUAGACAUUGGUCUCCAGCUAUGUACAUAUCCCUUGAUUUUUUUUAAACCCCCCCUCCUGCCCCAUACAAUUCUUUUGGUUCUAUAAUGACUGCCUCAGCAACUUCCUUCUAACUUUGGUGAUUUCUUUUUCUUUCUUUUUUUUUUUUGUGGUAAAAUAUAUAAUAACAUAAAAUUUAGCAGGGUAACUUUUUUUUAAUACUUUGCUUUGAGGUUCUUUGUUUUGAUUUUCUUUUGGCAGGGGUUUACUGUGUAGCCAGGCUAGCUCCGAACCACUGAUCCUUCCACCUCAAUCUCCAAGUGCUGGAACUGUAGGCCUGCGCCUCCAUGCCCACCAGUUCUUAGGUCAGUGGAAUGGAGCUCAUUGACGAGCUCCAGUGCAUCCAUCACUGCCAUCCGUAGCCACUGUUUCUGUCUUGCCACAGUGAAAUUCCAUGCCCUUCGAACAGUCUCACUUGCUACUGUCCCUUCUCUGUUAAUUUGACUAUUCGCCUUACUUGAAUCAUACAGUAUUUAUCCCUUCGUAAUUGGCUUGUUUCACUGAGCACAAAUCCUCAAGGUUCAUCGUUGUUCCCAGUGAUUUUUCUUCUUCACUUCUGUGUGGUUGUAGAAACGUGUGACCCUGACCAUGCUGAGCCUGAGAGCUGUGACACAGUUUGAGUCAUCCCAAUGCUCCCCACUGAUUCUCAGGACCUCAGACUUAGGUGGGUAGUGUUGCUUCCAUCGGAAAGGUCUGGCUGAAAACAGACAUAGCCCUGGGAAUUACGUGGCUGAGGAGGAGGCCAGGCUGCUUACUGCCUGUGUAUUUACUCGGAAUACUGUAGUGGCUCUUAACCUGAGGGCCGAGACACGUUCACAGAGGUCGCAUAUCAGAUAUCCUGCGUAUCAGAUGUUUACAUUAUGAUUCGUAACAGAAACAAAAUUACAGUGAUAAGUGGCAAUGAUUAAUAAUUUUAUGGUUGGGGGUCACCACAAUGUGAGGGGCUGUGUUAAGGGGUUACAGCAUUAGCACAGGUGAGAACCACUGGUCUACUGCCUUCCAGACAUAGAGCUGUGGCUUCUGUGAGUCUAGCCUAGCUUCCCAGGGACUGUGUUCCUAACUGCUGGCAGGCCAGGCUUGUUGCCGCCUCCUUCCUUUUGAAAGACUAGUGCUAAGAAGUCAAUUCAGAAUUACAAGCCCUCACUCUGCUUCCAUUCUUUUUCCUGCCCCUGCUUUGCCCCGUGGGGCUGUGACACAGCUCUUCCCACUGGUGGGUAUGCACAAUGGCUGAAGGAUGUUCUCAUCCCCCACCGUGUUCUUUGCUGCUCUCUCAAUUUCUCACCAUCCUUGCAGGUUUCAGCGUGGACUUUACUUAUUAAUAGGAAAAGCACUGGACCUCUGAAUUUCUCAUAUUUCUUUCAUGUCUUAAGACUCCAUCCAAGUACCAUCUGUCUUUUCCAAAGAUGGGCUUCAGUUCGUUUUCUUUGCCCCAUUGAGUAAAACAUUUAACAUUCAUAGCCUAAUGAAUACUUACAAGUUUUAGGUGUUCUGAUAUUAAUCACAAAACAAAGUUAAUGUUAAAUAAUGAUAUGAGAAUAUCCAGACCUACACUGAGAGGGCAUACAACUUUAAUCCCAGCUUUUAGGAGGUAGAGGCAAGAAGAUCAAGAGUUCAGGACUAUCCUCAACUACACAAUGAGUUCAAGGCCAGUCUGGGCAAUAGUAGACCUUAUCUCAAAAACAAAGAACAGGGAGUGGUGGCACAUGUCUUUAUCCCAGCACGUGGGAGACAGAGGCAAGCUGAUCUUUGUGGGUUCGAGGCCAACCUGGUCUACAGGGCUAUGUUACAUUGUGAGUCCCUGUCUGCAAAGUGGAGACCAUCCAAAUGGCGUUUGAGGGUUGUCUUCCCAUGCCAGGCAGUGAUGGGAGUUGUCCAUGUAUCCUGUUUUGGACUCCACAGCAUUAUAAACCACAGAGUAGUGCUCAAAUAGUAUUGCUUUGUUGCUAAUGGUUAAUUUUGAAGUUUGCUCUUUCUGAAUUGCUGCAGACUAAAGGCAGGCUCACACCCUCCUGCCCUCCUUCUCCCCCCCUCCAAUCUUUCCCUCCCUUCUUUCAGUUUGGGUUGCCACCAAUGCCCAGCCGCUUUCUUUUUCCUUGUUUUUCUGAAACAGGUAGGUACUCACUCUGCAGGCCAGGCUGACAUUAAACUCAGGGUCCUCGCUGGGCGGUGGUGGCGCACGCCUUUAAUCCCAGCACUCGGGAGGCAGAGGCAGGCGGAUCUCUGUGAGUUUGAGACCAGCCUGGUCUACCGAGCGAGUUCCAGGACAUAGUCCAAAAAACAAUACAGAGAAACCCUGUCUCGAAAAACCAAAAGAAAAAAGAAAAAAAGAAAAAAAACUCAAGGUCCUCCUGCUUCAGGCUCCUAUAUAGUAGGAUUAUAGCAGUAUUACUAUAUCCAGCUUCCUUGGUCUUUUUGUGUAUUCUCAUGAAUGGGCGAGAAAGAAUGAGUGUAGCUAACAUUUUGUCAGUGGAUUGACUCCAGCAAAACCCAGGGGAAAGUGCUAGAUAACGAAAGCAUCAUGUAAGCCAAAGCAUAUUUCACAGCAUUAUCCAACACCACCCAGCCUUUCCAGUCUGGAAACCUAUGUCUGAAUAUUAAUCUGUCUCCUUUAUCUCCAUAUACUUAUAGUCUGUCACCACAGCAGGGCCUUUACAAGACUGAGUUGAAAUGCCUGAAUGGAAAGAAUCCUGAAGGGCUGUUCUGUCUUUGCAGAGCCUCCAGGCCUGCAGGAACAGUCGAACCUGCGGGUUGCUUCCUGCUCUGAUGACACGGUUGCUUUUUUUUCCAUUUGUCAUGUGCCACAUCAUUGACGUUUCAGUGAGAUGAAGGUCAUAGGACAGUAGGCCCCUAAGUCUACAGUGGAGCUGAAGGAUUCCUAUACUCCAAAUCACUCGGGGUCAUGGUGACAACAGGCCACCUGUGUUGCCGCCGCAUAAGAGAACAGCACAUGCAGGCCGCCAUUUCUGUGUCCUUGUCACACACUGCUGCUCAGAGUGCACUGCUGUUAAGGCAUUAACUCCCAUGUGGCUUCAGGCAGGGUCUUCACAAGGUAUUCCAUGGCUAUGGGGGCUGGCAUUUCUGUGCAUAUUACUGCCCCGAAGACCACAGUAGAACAGGGGGAAGAGCAGUAGAACAGGGGGAAGGCAGUGAUGAUGGCAAUCGGAAGUGUGUAGGCCUGAGCCAGUGUGUGUGUCUUAGUUUUUAACAAAAAUUUCAGAACGUUUUUUAAAGAUUUGAAAAUAACUUGAAGGAAAUAUUUUUGUACAGUUAUAUAGUGUAAAAUGUUAUAAGUCAAAGUUAUAAAAAUUAUAGUUUAAGAUAAAGGAGUUCUAUUACAUAAGCUUAAGGCUAUUGAAUAUAGAGUAUUUUUAACAUGCUGUAUGGGUUGGAAGCCUGAAAGCUUCUGCCUUGUUUGUCCAAGUACACUGUCACAUUUGCACAAUGAGCUUGCCUCAGCUCAUGACUCUGCUUCAUUCUUGAUCCUGAUUGCUGCUUUCGGCGUAGGGCAAGCAUCAAAUGUGGACUCUUAAUACCUCGUCUUGAUAAAAGCUCUGCUACUUUCUGUGUACCAGUGGCGUGUUUCUUUUAGUUCUUAGUAGUGAGCCUCUAACUCCUUUAUUUUAUUUACUGGUGUUUUGAGUGGGGUCUCUGUGUAUACCCCAGGUCCCCAACUGCUAAGAUCACAGAAGUGCACUGUGUCCAGCUGUGAACUCCCAGUUUCCAGCUGUGAACUCCCAUUUUCUUGUAACUCCUUUUCCUCAAGGUGGAUUUUCCUCCAAAGAUAACAGCUUACUAUCUUUUCAGAUUAUAUAAGUAUGCCCGUUCAUUGUUGAGAAAUUAAAGCAAUGUGGAAAAGUACAAAAAUCAGUUGAAAUCUCAUCCUGUGUGUGACAACUACUUGUUGCUUGAGUAUGUCAGUGUGGCUACCCUGCACUGUGUCAAAAAGCAUGAUUCUUCUUUGUUCUCUCUUCCCUUUCUCUUGUUGGGUAGAGACCAAUACAAGAUCCUAGGGCAGCCUUGCAGGCAGGGCCCUGAAGCCACCACUAUAUACAAGAAUGAUAUGGUUUCUUAAGCAAGUCUCUUUCAGAGACCUUAUGAAUGAAACAAGCAGUCAGGGUUGCACUUGGAGAUCUGUAUCGCAGCUAAUGCUACCCUAACUGAUAGACCACCUUGAAAUCUGUUUUUCCUUAAUGUAAACUUGUUUACACACACCUUUGAAUGAUUAAAAAUUUUAAAUGUCUGUAUUUUUGCUUUUCCCCACAAAAUAAAGAUGUUUUGUGCA